GGGUUAACUAAACAAGGCCUGAACUAAGUUCAACAAAAUAAGAGUUUGUUUGUUUGUUUGAAAAGUUAUGAUUGAAAGGUUUGUUGUGAGCUGCUGAGGCCUUGUUUAGUUUCAUUCAAAAUCCAAAAACUUUUUAAGAUAACUCAUCACAUCGAAUCUUGUGGCAUAUGCAUGAAACAUUAAAUAUAGAAAAAAUAAUAGCUAAUUGUAUAGUUUGCUUAUAAUUUGUGGAACAAAUUCUUUGAGCUUAAUUAGUUCACAAUUGAACAAUAAUUAUUAAAUAUAAAUGAAAAUGUUACAGUGGUCAAUUUUUUUUUACUUUAACAACUAAAUAAGACCCAAAUAGCUGACGGAUUCGGUGAUAAAGCUCAAGUGAAAAAUGUAUAACACUGAACCAGGCUGGGCCGAUUUGUUUUAGGCUGCCUUUUGUUGCAGUCUCGGACGCCCAAAUGCAAGUGUCCAGUUAUCGCAGACAGGUUACCGUAGCCCAAUACCGCAAUCCCAGCCUUCAUUUGGGAUCUGACGGCACAGCACAAUCAACAUCUCGGCACGGGAACGCCCCAAACAGAUAAGGAGGGCAAACCGUGUCAGGGCUUCGAGGACAGCCAAAGCGAAAGACGAACUCAGUGAGGCGAGCACACGGGCGCUCACCAGCGAUGGCGACGAGGGCAUGGGUGGCGGCGGCCGCUGCCUUGAACCCUCAUCUCCUGGCUCCUCGCUCCUUCUCGCCCGCGCAGUCGGUCUCCCACGCGCAGCGCUCGGCGGCGAUGGGGCUCCGGCUGCGCAGCCGCCGGCCGCGCCCGGGGAAGUUCGUGUGCCGCCGCGCCAAGAACGCGGGGUACGAGGACUACAAGUUCCCGGACCCCAUCCCGGAGUUCGCCGAGCAGGAGACGAGCAAGUUCAGAGAGCACAUGGCGUGGCGGCUGGAGCAGAAGAAAGAGGACUACUUCGGGGACCACGUCGAGGAGAUCGUUGACAUCUGCACCGAGAUCUUAGGGACAUUCUUGGAGAACGAUUACUGUGGACCUGGGACGCUCCUUGUUCACCCAUUCCUGGACAUGAAGGGUGAGAUCAAGGAGAGGGGGCUCCCUGGCGCACCUCAAGCGGCACGGGCAGCAAUAGCAUGGGCUGAAAAGAACAUCGACAAGGAUUGGAAGGCCUGGACUGGAGAAUACUAGCACUAGUUCUUGUUGGGUGUGCUUUCAUCUUUCACUAUUUGACUGUAGACUUGAGGUGUAGAACUCUAGACUAGUCAUUCCAAGCUCUUGUCUUGUAACACAAAAUUUUGGUCCCGCUUGUUCCGAUGAAGGCGUGAUUUUCCUUUC